AUGCCAGCAGGAUUGAGCGGAAAGAAAUUCAGAUUCCGAGCAGCGGUUUGUUUGAAGAAGUUUAAAAAUCAAACGUCGUACGAAAACUGCGGGACGAUCAACGUUGAUGGUGAUACAGUCGAAGAAGUCCUAAUGAAGAUUUGGGAGUUCUGUUCCCAAUUCACUUAUCGUGCCUUUGCUUUCUCAGAACCAUCAGAUUCACGAGUUGACGCUACGUGGUCCGAAAUUUUUCCAAGUUACGACGAACGCGAUACAUUUAUUAUGUUUCAAAACAAAUCCAGUAAAAAAAACAUUGUUCCCUCGAAAGUGGACAGCAAUACCUUGGUCAGUUGGCUGGCAAGGGAAAUGUUUUUAAUCGUCUAUAAGUACUCGGAUUCGGUUACAACUCUCGAGAGAUGGCGUCAAGUUGAGAGCCAGCUUAUUCGUCCUAUGGAGACGGACCCUUCUGGUGCGGAAUCUAUUGCUUCCAUAAAUCAGCUGAAAGAGGAGCUCAAAUACACACAUGGAAAGCAUCUUUCAGGUGAUGACGUCAACUGGGGGUGCUGGGCAAGCUGGAUAUCGAGUAAACCAUAUGACCAACGGGAUAAUCUGAAACAUCAAACGCCUCCAGAGCACCUCAUCAACCUUUUUAGUAGUGGUGCACAGGUAGUGACUGUUCGAAGAAAAGUUCUGCUUACUCGGAACCCAAUUCCAUUCGCGUACAUCGGACGUCGCCAGAAUUUACGGAAUUCAUGA